AGUUACCUAUCAUCGUUCAUUUGCAUUUAAUUUUUCUUGCCGUGUGGACGUGUUUUUCUGUGAAGUGUAGGGUCAGCAUUCGGCAGCUGUCACAUCCGCCAUAUUUAAUAUAGUACCGUGCCACGGUUUUAUUAGGAUACCACAUUUCCAAUUAAAAAAUUUUAUUGGGUAAAUUUGUAUGACCAGUCGUAGCAGCAGAAUGAGUGGAAACAGCAAUGGAGGACGUCCACCACCACGUAUUGAUGGUAUGAUUUCUUUAAAGGUUGAUAAUUUAACAUAUCGUACAACUCCAGAAGAUUUGCGACGUGUCUUUGAACGUUGUGGCGAUGUUGGUGACAUUUAUAUUCCACGCGAUCGUUACACCCGUGAAAGCCGGGGAUUUGCAUUUGUUAGAUUUUAUGACAAACGUGAUGCCGAAGAAGCUUUGGAAGCUAUGGAUGGUCGUAAAUUAGAUGGCAGGGAGUUGCGUGUCCAAAUGGCACGUUAUGGUCGUCCCACAUCACCUAGCAAUAACAAUCGCCGCAACAAUGGUCGUCGUGGAGGUGGUGGUGGUGGCGGCGGUCGUCGUCGCUCACGUUCACCCGUACGUCGCCGUUCACGCAGCCCCCGUCGUCGUUCAUAUUCACGUUCGCGUUCACCACAAAGUCGAUCACCAGUGAGACGCACUAAAUUCUCUCGCAGUCCCGUCAGACGUUCCCUAAGCCGUAGCGAUAGCCGUAAUGGCUUAUCAAGUGCCGGUUUGGGUGGCAUUGCCGAUCGAGGACGAAGUUUAUCACGUAGUCGCAGUAGAACAUAUGAAAAAUAAUGUGUCAAUGAAAAUGCACAAACAAAACAGUGCAAAUGAAGAUAUCCCUAAACCACAACCCUAAAUUUAUUGGCGGCUGCAAAAGGAGGGGAGACAACUAAUUUCCAAUAACUUUUAGCUCCAUACUAUGUUGCUGUUGUAUCAGCAGGUAUAACAAAACAAAUCUUUAAUUUAGAAAACACAAGAUAUUUUUAAUUUUAACUAUGGUAACAGAAUAGUAAUCAAGAAAACAAAGCGUAAUUUGUUUUUUUCUAAAUACCUACAUAUUAAUAGAACUUUAAAACAAAAAGAAAAAAUAAUUUUCUUAUAAUAGAGAAAGAAAAAGAUAUGAUGUGAAAAAAACAUAGCAUAAAUAAUUCAAGAAGAAAACAAAACAUGUACAACAUUUUACUGCAUAUAAAAAGUAUGUUUGUUUGUUUUUUAAACAUUUUUUGCUCUACAUGAAUUAUUUGAAGUUUUUAUUUCUCCUUUAUAACAUUUAUUAUUUUGUAAAACGCUCAUCAUCUCAUUCUAUAUAUUUCAUUUUUCAACUAAUUCCCGCCAUCCACAAAAUUUUCAAUGUCAAAAUUAUUAUAACGAAAAUUCAUCCAUAUUGGGAUGUAAUUGAUAUUUCAAACUCAUUUUGAUCUUGAUAUAAAAAUUGUAAAAUAUAAAUAAACACAAUACAAUAUACAGUAGUAGUCUCAAAAAAAUCCAUCAUACAAAUACAUAACAUACAAAUAAUCAUAAUAAUUUGCAUUAUAAAAAAUCAAUCUAAGAUAAAAUUAAUCAUAUUUCAAAAAGAAAUCAACGUAUUUUGAGUUUGUUAUUACACCAUCCACGCAACAAGUUUUCUCUUGAAUUCAUAUGGGUAGGAUUAGGCAUUUAAGGGUAGUUGUAGUUUUUAUUAGUUGUAAUAAAAACACACAUACAUGUUUAACUAAUAAAUAUAAUAAUGCUACAUA